AGACUCUAACUGUUGCAGCUGCCCGGAAAGCUAGUUUUAGACAACUGGCUAGCCGUGGCCAGGGCAAUAACAGCGGGCUGUGGACCAGCUUAUGUAUUUAUCCACGGUACUAUUCAAAGAUAUAAGGAUCCCGUCCAGGGAAUUGGCAGUAAACAGAAGGAAGCUCACAAGAAGUGACUGGUAGGUGGUCGAUAGAAACAUUUUGUUCUUUCGGUUGCCAUUAACAGUGAGUGAGACUGUGGGACUAAACCUCAGAGAUCACCAACAGGAGAGGAAUUUCUCCUGAACUGACUUUUCUGCUUUAUAUCUUAUUUAAAGUUACAUGGGAACGUUCAGGAUUUUCUACAGUAUUUCGAUAUAACUCUCAAUUCGUCAGCAGCUAGCAUGGUGACUUAAUUUGCCUUUAAAACAACACAAUAAAAUACAAUUUAGUGUCUCAUAGUUUCCUGGGAUAUUUCAGUCAAUAUGUUUGUUUGGUCAUGUUAAAAGAGUCUGUUUAACUUCAACGAUGACCAUAUCCUCUCCUACGGGCCUCGAGAUGGUGUUAUGAUCCUGUAUUUGAUGUCUCUAUGCAUCAAAGCUCUAAGUACUGUGUUUCUAGUCAUAUUUAAUACCAUGUCAAUGUGAAUGGAUAACAGUGAAAUGCUGGGAUUAGAUGAAAGCUCCUGUUAAACAGGGUGAGGUCAGUAGUUGUCGACACGAAUGUGUUGGUGUUACAGGGUCUUUUUGAAGCCACAUGGUGGCGCUGCUGCAUAGUGAGGCACCUACUAUAUUGGCCUGAUUAGUAAUUUAUGGAAACAGAAUUAAAAUUAGUAUGAACCAUAAUACUGCAACAACCAACCAGGCAUCUAUUAUAUUAAGAUUAUGAGACACAUGUUAGCCUGAGAAACACAUACACACCCACACACCUUUUCUGACAGUCCACUUUGGGGGUAAUAUCUUUGUGUGGAUACCCUAAAGUUUUAUAUGUUAAGGAGUUCAAGCUCCUGGGGAUUUUCUGUUAUUUUACAAAUAGACUGAAGUGAAUAUUGAUCAUUUUAUGACCUAUGAAAGGAAGCAAACACGGCCAUUAGUGACCAGAUCGAUUAUUUCGAUGAAUUUCUAUUCCUAGAAAUGUUAUAAUUCCUAGAGCCACAGAUAAGAGGUACGUGGCAGUCCAGUUGAUGAACUGUGCUAUACUGAUUCAUAAGCCUUUUUAUAUUUUUCUAUGAGCUGAUCAGAAUAACGCAGGAUAUGAUUUUUUUUUAUUUGUCAGAAAACUAAAUUUUGAGAUGUGCAAAUACCACAUAUCUGUCAGAAAUUCCUCUGGAUUGCAAAUAUUCCUUAUAUUUCACAUGAGACCCUUCUGCUUAGGAUGCAAACCUGAUGGGAUAAAGGGCGGAGGUGGCUCAGUCUGUAGAGACUGAACCCUGGGACUAGAGGGUCCCCAGUUUGAGUCCUGCGUCUGACUUGGUCUGAAAAUUUGGCUGGUCAUUGUAGUAUCACUAGUUUACUUCCUCAGCACAUUUGAGGCACCCUUGGGCAAAGUAUAUGCCCCCCUACAGCUCAAGGACACAGCCUUUCUACUCUGACAUCUGCCCAUUAUUGCAGGGAGAGAUUAAGGAGAGAUGAUUAAUCGACUGACUGAUUAAUUGUCUGACUGAUUAAUGGGGGAGAAUAUUGGCAUUUUGACAUAGUCGGAAUUAUUCAGCAUCAGCCCUCACAAGGCGGUUAUCACUAUCAUCUCUCCCACAUGAUGACAACAUAUCUUUUCCAUCACCCAUCAACAGCAUAUCAAAUCCAAAACAGUGUUUUGAUAUUGUUUUGUGUUGUAAUAGUUAGUAUUUACAGCAAUAUAAGCCACAUCUAGCCAUCUAUAGCAUGACCCAAUAUCUGUCUUUUCAUAGGUUCAUUAAAAGUCUCUCUUAAACAUAUCACUCAGAUAAUAACAGCAGAUUUACAAUAUUACAUUCUUUUGGGGAUUAAUAAAAUUCACUGUUAUUGUCAUUGCAGUGUUGGAUACGAGCCGAUGUUCUGUUAAUGUUUGCAUUUUGCAGAGGUGGAGGACAUUUAGAUUCUACAUAAACUAUUUGAAACAAAGAAGAAAUUCAGCCUAAGGUGUACAUAUGUUGCAUCAAGCAUCUUGCAAUGGUGUGCAUGAGCUGUGAGUGAUUUUGAGUUGUCUUUCAGAUAAGAGAUGGAAGGAGAUGACUGCAGUUUUCCUCCAGACUCAUCAGAUGAUCACUCACAAAGAGGAAGUGUUGCUUCUUCUGCAACACUUUCCCGUGGUAUGUUAGAGCCAAACAAUAUCCCUCUGUGUUUUACAGCUUGCACUUUAUUUAUUUGUUUAAAAUAAUCCUUUGGGGGGAUUUUAUGCAUAAACUGUUUCAUUUCAUUUAGCUUCUUUGUGUUCUCACAGCUCAAGAUGUGCUUAUCUACCUGUUUGGUGAGAGUGCAGUACACUUAUCAGUAGAAGGGCUUGGCAGUGUCACUGUGCAGGAGUUGGGUCGCAGUGUUCGUGAGGCUCUGAAUGUUCCCGAAGCUGCACAGGAUGCUUUUGCAUUCUGGCUUUGCUCUCCACUGCUUGGUAAGAACUGUUCUCCUCCCACCAUUUACUCAUACUCAGGAAAGCCGUCACGCUCUAUCUUUGAGUGCCAUCAUGUGUGAAUGGUGACGGGUCAAUGGAUGCAUCUUUUUCCAAGAACUACCAUAGUCUGGCUACAAAAUAUUAAGAUAUGUGUGAAUUUCUUUUGCCAGAUGGUUGACAGGAAAUGUGUCUGGAUGCCUGAACAAGCUUGAAUUAUACAGACUGAGUACUGUGCUUUUAGUAUUAUGAAUAAACUCAUACAUGCAAGUCGAACCAAGUAUGUGGAGUCAUGCAUAGGAGUAGGAUUCGAUUGCAGUAUGAAAAAAUAAUGCUUUUACUUUUUCAGUUUAAAGCUCCUUUGAGGAACUUAAGCUUUCAAUUUGGGUGCCCCCUGCAGACAAAGCAGAGGGCUUAUCAUGUUCUGCUGACCUUUGACAGUCAAGUGAAUCCUUUUAUUUUUUGGAUACUCAAUGCAGAAAUGUAAAAACAUGGCUGUUUCUUUAGCUGCUUGGCUGACAUCUACCCCCUUGCACCAGUUUUGGGCAUUAAGAAUUACAGCAUGGAUAACCUUGUUGUCAUUGCUGAUGGUUUUUUUUUUUUUUUUUUUUUGUGUGUGUCAUAAAAAGCAUCAAUAUGAAUUUCACUCUGUUUCAUGAAUGUCCCAAAACCUCUCAUGGGAGCUUUUAGCUACCUUAUCUAGCAGCUCCAGGAUCACAUUAAGAAACAACACUACAUUUGGAGCCAGAAAACUGACGCUGUUUUUCUCUCUGUGUUACAUUUCUCUGUCUCUCUCUCACUCCACAGAUUUGCAGUUAAAGGCGAGGCAUCAACCAUACAAGCUGUGUCGGCAGUGGCAGGACUUGCUCUAUCGCUUCACUCUGGCCUCCGAGGAAGACAUUUCACUAGGUGAGAGUUUGAUCUGUGCACUGUUGAGAAACAUACUUUUCCUGUUCGAAGCUGAGAUUGUUGGACGCUUAACAGACAUGAUUUAUUGGUUUUCUCACAGUUAGCUGGAUUUCUAACUGAGUUGUUUAAAAAGUACUGGUGCUCAACAAAGACAGGAAAAGGGUGGCAGCGAUGCAGAGCAAAGCAGUGAAAGGAAGAAUCAUCACUAGUAGCAAUGUAGCGUAAAUCCACUUAAAAUAUACCUGAAGUGAGGAAGUCUGUGUCCCGUAUUUUGGUUCCCACACAUAAACAAUAGAUAAUGUGAUAAUAUAGCUAAGAUAUAAAAGAAGACACAUACAUUUAGGCUCUAUGAAGAUAUAGCCUACCUAUUACUUUGCCCUUCAUUAAAAGAGGCCAACAACAUUAAAACAGGGCUAUACCAUGAUGUAUUAAUCCAACUAUAUACAGUCGUGGUCAGAAGUUUACAUACAGUGCAUGUUCCUACACUAAAUCUCAUGCUAAAUUCAAGUUACCAACUUGAAUCAUGAAUAAUCUAGCAUACAGGAAGCCCUAGGAUUAAUGCUUUUGGGAAAUAAAAAGAAAAGGCAAAAAUUCCUCAUAAUUCAAGAUUUAUUGAUAUUUCUUUGCAGAACACUGCUUUUUUACUGGGUCAUAAGUUUACAUACACCUUUGUCUUCAGGGCUUAGUACUUCCAUUUCCAUUAAGUUUUAUAACUUCAGCAAGUCGCUUUGGAUAGCCAUCAAUGAGCUUCUCACAGUAAUCCUUUGGAAUUUUUGACCACUCUUCCUGGCAGAUUUGGUACAACUCGGUCAGAUUUGUUGGUCUUCUCUUACGGACUCGUUUCUUCAGUUCACUCCAGAUAUUCUCGAUAGGAUUUAGAUCAGGGCUUUGUGAAGGCCACUCCAGUACUUUCACCUUGUUCUGCUGAAACCAUUUUGAAACUAAUUUUGCAGUAUGUUUUGGAUCGUUAUCUUGUUGAAAGAUCCAAUGUCGACCAAGCUGCAGAGAUCUGGCUGACUUCUUGAGGUUUCCUUGCAAUAUUUUCAAGUAUUGCUCUUUUCUCAUGAUUCCAUUGAUCUUCUGGAGUUCACCAGUUCCUGAUGCUGCAAAGCAACCCCACAACAUUAGACUUCCUCCACUGUGCUUGACCGUUGGGAUGGUAUUGUUGGGACUGAAGGCUUCACCCUUUCGUCGGAAAACGUAUUGCUGGUCAUUAUGCCCAAACAGUUCAAUUUUCGUCUCAUCUGACCAGAUGACACUCUUCCAGAAGGCUUUAUCCUUACCCUGGUGCUCUUUCGCAAACUUCAGCCGAGCUUUUCUGUGUCUCUCGUUGAGUAAUGGCUUCUUUCUGGCCCGGUACCCUCUCAGCCCAUGUCGAUGGAGAACUCUCUUGACCGUGGACACUGAGACAUUUGCUCCUGAGGCAGCCAAAUCAUUGCAGAUGGCUUUCUUGGUGAUCUUGGGGUUAAUUUUCACCUUUCUGACCAAAAGCUUUUCAUCUCUGGAUGUUAAUUUUCGUUUCCUUCCAGACCGUGGCAUUACGGCUGUUCUUCCAAGGUGCUUGUAUUUGUGGACAAUUGUCUGAACAGAUGCCCUUGGUACAUCAAGCUGCCUUGAAAUGGUCCCAAGAGAUGAGCCUGACCGAUGCAAGGCAACAAUUCGCUCCCUGAUGUCAUUGCUGUAUUCUUUUGACUUUCCCAUUGCAAGUCUCAAGUCGAAAUGCAGUGUGUGUAAAGUGAAGCUCCUUUUAUACCCCAUAAUUUCUACACCUUGGCUUUUACACAACACGAAUGAACCCCAGACUAAAGGGGUGAUUCUAUUAAUUCCAUUUCACAACCUGAUUUCAACUAAUUUACUCUUAAAUAGGCCAGACAAGUGGGUGUAUGUAAACUUAUGAACCACAAGAAUCUGAGGUCAUUUGGGGAAAUCAACUAAAAAUCUAUCUGAGGUAAAAAAUUCUGACCUGCCCCAUUGGCAGAAUAAUGAAGAUACUAUUAUUGAAUAACCACAUAUAUGUCUUCAUUCAAAUUGGGUGGCAAGUUGGGUUAAAGCUGUCUUGAAUAGUUUUUGCUUUAGUGUAUGUAAACUUCUGACCUCAACUGUACAUGCCAACUUAGCUUCCAGAUGUGAUCAUAUCUCAGGGUCAAAUGUGAUCAUUGAUCACAUAGUGUCAUAAAGUGUAAUUUAAUGGUAAGUACAUACAGCCGAGUGCAAAGAUAGGACAGUAAAUACCCUCUUUGAUUUGCUCGGUAACCUGCAUUCUUAAACACUCUGGGUCUCUGUAUGCUAAGCACAUGCUGCCUCUCUCUCUGCAGCUGUUCCCCUUGGAUUUGCAGCGUAUUUAUAAAUUGCUGGUGCUUAGUAGCUUGCUCAGUGUAAAUAACGUUUAAGGUGCUGUGAGGUUUGUUUGGGAUAAAUACAAGUGAAAUGGAGAGAGUUUGCAUCCAAACCGAUAAACACCUGUGGCUAAACAAGCGAAGUAGAACAUAUCAGGUAUCAAACAGCGUGAAGGGAAACGACUCAAAUAGAGGGGAAAUGUUUACAAUCCGCACAUUUUUGUGGAUAUUGCCAAGUGAGAUAAAACCACUAGAAUUGGACCUCAUAUGUUUGUACAACAUGAAAUAUUAAUCCUGUGCAGAGAAGAUACGUUUUCUUGUUUUGACCUUUUGAGACUUUUUCAGUAUCGUACUGCGGCUCGUUUAUGAAGAGGGAAAAAUGCACUCAGCAAUACUAUCAGCAUUUUAACAUACCUGUGCUUAAGCCCAAGCAUUCAAGAAAGACAUUGCAUAAAUGUUACGCUGUUUGUUGAAUGAAAAGCACUUUCCCAUCAGUGAUGCCAGUCUAACAAUGAAAGCCAAUCUUCAAUUCUAUUCGUAAAAAACAAGUAGAGUUUAUUCUGUUUUCUUCAUCGUAUGUAAAGGUUGACUACACAUCUUUGUAUUUUGGACAAAUGGUCGGAUCAGAACAGACACAGCUUUUCUCCACAAAGUUUUGGUCCAUGUAUUGGGAAUUUCAUUCUACUUUUAAGUUUUCCAAAGUGUCAUACACUCUCAGGAACAAUUUACAGUUCAAAAAAGACACACAACUUUAGAUAAAAUCCCCAUUUGUGUUGUUUCUGUGUACAUUGCUCUGGAGAUUUUGUCAUUUGAGGGUUUGCAGCGAUGUGUAAAAGCAAUAAAGGGGAAAAAAAUGGCUGCAUUUGUUCAAGGAUAAACUUCCUGUUAAGUUAACUUUAAGGAGACACAGAUUAAAUGAGGUCUCCGUGAGGUGUCAGACGCUGACUCACUCUGGUGUUGUUUGUCAUGGCUUUGCCCGUCAAAGAUGAACAGCCCACACUUGUUUAUUUGUGACGCUGAAGGUCUUUUCACAAGGACAGGUAAUGGUCUGCAAAGUGCAUCGUAAAACACACUGACAGCUCUUGAGUUAAAAAACCAACAAAAGCAUUGCAUAAUCCAUUAUAUGUUAUGUUUUUAUAUGGAAAAGAAAUGUUUCCUCCCACACUACAGGGGAGGACAAUAAGCUGUGGCAGAGUAGGUUUGAGGGGGCUUGACUGGCAGAUACCCCCACCUCCACUUAAGCGUUUGUCUCAGUUCUCUAACUCCUCCACUGCGGUUUGAAUCCCACUGAGCGAUAAUUGGACCAAAUGAAAAUAAAGAUGGUCGUCUGUCUCUGAUGCAUGAUUGUGCUCCGUUUUGUCCUCAGAUGAACCUUUUCUCCAGUUCCGCCGGAACGUGUUUUAUCCUAAAUCCAAAGAGCUUCAGGUACUGAGAACCUUUGUUUACGCAGAUAUGACUGAAUUAUGGAAGCAUGUGUGUAUCUGUCACCUCUUAGAGUCAAUUUUGUUUUAACUCCCCAAAUCCUGAAUGAUCCUAAAGGCUUUUGACUCUUAAAGGUUUUCCUCAAAAUAGUGUCCUAAGACUGACCCUGAGCUGGUUUUCCUGAAAGCUUAUCCCUGUUUCCAUCCCGAGCAGAUAGAUGACGAAGGCGUGCUGAGACUUCUGUACGAGGAGGCCAGGAGUAACAUCCUCUCUGGUCGAUAUCCCUGUGAUCCUGAGCACUGGACGGGUCUCGGGGCCUUGUCUCUUGCUCUAGAAGAGGGAACUGGUCUUGACGACACACAUUUUACAACUACUGUAAGGUAGGUCAGAAACAUCAGCUAGAAAUAAUUUUGACCGAACUCUUUGUUGAUUAUUAAUGCUUAAAAAUUCAUAUGAAUGUAUUUUUACAUCUGAUUUCUCUUGAAGCUUUAGUUGGUCAUUUAGAGAGAUAGGCCAAAUGGAUUUCCCACAUUUUUCACACAGAGUUAGACGAGAGGAAUGAUGCCUUAACACAGGAGAGUUGGAACUUGGCGCAGCAUAAUAGCUAGGAACAGGGAAGUGCUAGUUUGGCGCUGUCUAAAGGAAAAAGAAUCUGCCCAUCAGCACUUUCAAAGUUUAUGUUUAAUCUGUUAAGAAAUCAAAGUAGUCAUUGAAUUGUAGCCAAUCUACCACCUCAAAGGGGUGAACAUGAGAGGUAAUUGCAAAAUGCACAGAAAUAAACCAACAUAUAACAACUCCUAAAUAUAGAUGUUGCCUUUUUCCACCUUGGUUUGUGUCCAUGUUGUUUUUCCUUUUGAGAGAGCCAAGCCAACUGUUUCCUCUUAUCUGCAGUUUUUAUGCUAAACUAAACCAGUCAUCACCUGGCUAAAGCUUCUUAUUGUGCUGACAAAAAAGUGAAGUUUUUCUGCAAGCGGAUCAAGAUUUUAAUUAUAUUUUAUUUCAUUAUGUUUUGUUUUAUUCUGUUAAUUUUAUUUGUAAGAAGUUCAUGCAUUAUAUUAAACAUAAAUGUUGCCCUUUGAAUUAUUGUGCCAGAGUUAGCUUGAAGCCUAUUUACAUUUGGUGUUCGAUGACAGGUUAGUUAGUUAGUUGGUUAGUUAGUUAGAUAGAUGGAUGGAUGGAUGGAUGGAUGGAUGGAUGGAUGGAUGGAUGGAUAGAUAGAUAGAUAGAUAGAUAGAUAGAUAGAUAGAUAGAUAGAUAGAUAGAUAGAUAGAUAGAUAGAUAGAUAGAUAGAUAGAUAGAUAGAUAGAUAGAUAGAUAGAUAGAUAGAUAGGGAAGGCCUUUAAAUGUUCCCUAUUCUUUUAAAUAAAUUAGUCUAGUCUUUGAUUAAUUCUAUUUUGUUCUAAAGUUGGCAUUAUGGGCUUUAAAAGACCAGCAUGUGUUUUAUAAAUCAUAAAUCGGAGCUUUUAGCUUUUCAGAAUAAUCCGUUGAUUUUGGCUGAAUUGAUUGCGCAAAAACUGAAGCAGCAAAAACACAAUCAUCCCCAGCAGCUUUAAAAAAACAUCAUUUAUGUGCCAAAUCAAACUUAAUCGGCUGACUUUUGUUGUGUAUGUCCGCCCUUGAUCCCUUCCUUAUCUGAUUUAGUCAUGGGGAAGGUGACCCAUUAUUUACUGAGAAAAACACAUGCACAAAGAGGAGUUAAUGUGCAAUCUCUUUUAUUAACUGAUGUGUAAAUGUCCUCACUUUGUAUAAAGAUAUUCCCAAUUUGAUCAGUUUUACUAAAUCCUCAACAGCCUGUCCUGGAUGUGUUGCAACUAAAUAUAAUAAUAAUAAUAAUAAUAAUAAUAAUAAUAAUAAUAAUAAUAAUAAUAAAUAUGCAGCUUAUAGUCUGAUGUUAACUUGAGAGAGGAAGUUUUAAGCUGUUUCCUGGUCAGGCAUUCAUGAUGUUGCUGACAAAGACACUUAGUCUUUAUUUUUGUUCCUUUCCGACCUUCUGCUUUUUUGGCCUCUAAGCUGGACUUUCUUUUAGCUGCGUCUUGUGAAAGUGUACACUUGACCUGCUUUUAGUUUCGUAUUUUUUUUAGAAAAUAAAGAACCAAGAAGUGACUUCUGCUGCUUGUUUUGUCAGACUGUGAGAGGCCACCUCUCUCCUGCUUAAUGCACCACAAAGACCGGACCUUGUGAAAAACAAAACAAAAUUCAUGUCCCACAACCCGUGUUCCCUAAAGGGCAGCUCCCAGAUUGAACAGCUCAAGGUACUUCAGUGCAAUCAGUGAGCACAAGCCGCAGUUUGAUGAAAAUCCACAGGCAUUGUGAAAGAAGGUCAACAGUGCCUCUCUUGUUGAUGGGGCUUUGUUUUUUUUUUAAAUCUUGAAACAUUCACACUGUGCCGCAGCAGUGCUUUUCAGAUAAUUGUCAGUUUGUUAGUGUCAAGUACAAGAAUGGAUGAGACAACAUUUUUGAUUGUAGUGGCAUGAAUGUGUUUCUUUUGACUGUUUAAAGCCUCUUGAGACUUGAUUGUGUUCAGGGUGUAAAAUACCAGAUUCAAAACAGGGCCUCUCAAUCACUGCUUAAAAAAGAGAAGUUCAGUCACCACCUGCCUUUUUUUAGAAACCCAUGACACAUGACGUGAUGUCUGCUUGUAGUCACAACAAAAAAUGAAGAGAAAGCCUUAGGUUUGCUUACAUUCAGUACUUAAAGUUGCAGGUCGUAGCUUAUCUGUGUCGAUUGAUUUUACUCUUCACUGUUUUACAGCUAAAUACAGGAGACAGUGAGUUUUAGUUGGAUGUGAAAUAAUUCUUAUAUUUGAAAAAAAAACAGGGAUUUUAUCAGGAGUUACAAAAUUGUCUUUGUGUCUUAGAUUUCCUCAGUCUUAGUUUAGACCUGGUAUUAUCAUGCUCUUGGUGAUCUGACCACACGUGAAAAAGCUGAAGCACAGUUGUAAACUCACUCAACAUGCAGAAAGGACAUGCUAAUCUGAAUACUCACUCAGUCAUACUUUUUAAACAAUAUGUACAAUAAGUGCCUAAUGACGUCAAUCUGCUCACCUUGUUUCUGUUAUUACACAAACUCAACUACCUUCUCGCAUCCACCUGUGAGGUUUGCUCCGCCUCCCGCUGUUUCUCUCUCUGCUUGAGUCUGCCCUGUUGAUUUUCUUCUUCAGUAUUUUUUCUUGUCACCAAAAUACAAAACUGUGUUUGAAUAUUUUUCACUCACAAUUCCUUUUUUUCAGAUUUUUUAAAUUUUUAAUAAACAGUAAACGCUUCAGGUUAGAGUUGUUGCUGUGUAGCAAAUCAAAACCAGGAAAGCCAACCCAGUAGAGAAUAGCAGCAGCACCAACCAGCUGACCUCUGACACUUUUCAUGUACAGGUAUUUAAUAAGCCCAAAACAUGAUACCUUAACUGUUGUCUUUACAGGGGAGGGGAAAGAGGAGGUGUCCUUUUGUCUGUGUGUGUUGAAGUGAGACUUGCUCUCUUCAGCUACAUAAGGGACUAGAGAGAAGGGAGAGUGUCGAUUUAUUUUAAUCAACUUAAAGAUUCAUUGCAGAUGAUGAUCUUUGACUAAGAGAAAUAGAAAACUUGUCUGUACUAGGCUUCUGUCUUUGUUCACUCCAUCUUGUCUUUCAGCAGUAAAACUUUCGUACAUGUGUCCUUGCAAAUUGAGAAUAUGAUUACUGGUGUAACAUGGUUACUGCUGCACCUUGAGACACACUGAAUGCUACUAAUGAACAGAUGUGAUUUGAGAUGUUAACCUGGGAUCAGAUCAUUCAAAACAUACCCAGGGCCUCAAACUAUGAAGCUGAACACCAUGUCCUUUUUUUCCUCCCACAGAGAGAAGAAGCUGUCCUCUUUUGUGCCGGCACACGUUGCCAUGGGCAGCGGAGGUUUGUUCUCCACGUUGAGAGGCAAGUCGAGUCGUCAGGCGGGGCUGGAGCAGAACCUCUUGGAGGCGUACAGAAAGAUCAGCACAUCUGCUGGAAACGCUCCUGAGCCCACACAGCUCCUGCACCAGUACCUCAACACAUGUCACAUGCUGCCUUAUUAUGGGUAAGUGCUACUAUGAUGAGCCGUGUAUAGUGUUUUUAAGGGGAGUGAUGCCUCUACUUGAGCUGCAAAAGCAAACUAGACUAUUGGCAUAAAGGUUGACAAUUUCUAUGUCAUAGUUUUUCAUAGCAGUAGCUGUAGUGAGUGAAGAUGUACCAUGAUGAAGAAAAAAGAGGUUUUAAAUCUCAAUAGGACAUUCCUGGUUAAACAAAGGUUAAAUAAAUAUAUAAAUAAUAAAUGCAACCUUUUUUUACUUUCUCCAAGUUACUGAAAAAAACAAGUCAAAUGACAUUUUUUUACCACAGAACUCAACAUGUUCAGGAUAAGAAAAGCAAAGAUAAUGGAGGUAUAAUUAUGUCCACUGGAGAGGCCAAAAUAAACACAAACAAAAUUCAAGUUUUUGAAUUUACUACAGGUGUGCUUUCUUCAUGGGGGAGAUUGACAAACCAGUCCAGGGGAUUCUCCAGAGGGGAAAACGUAAAGCUGUCAACGUGGGGAUCUGCCUGGAGGGAGUUUAUGUUAUGGAUGUCAAAGAAAAGGUGAGUGCUGGAACGAUUCUUUCACGUGUGCACUCGUGAAAACUUCCCUCUACCCCAGAAACUUUCAAAGCUGCUUUGUUCGCUCACAUCACGUCACAGCGGGGAGCUUUCCCUGUCAGACAAAAGAGGGUGGUGGGUAGGGUGCAAGAGAUAAAUCAGGAGGCAGGGUGUGAAAUCAAAGGCCUCAGUGUAAUGAUAACAACAUGAUGGUAGAUGAAGCAUGGAGAUUAACACUCAGGUCACAUUUUUUGAGUUUGCAACGUACAAAAAACUGAUCUGGAGACGCCUUGGCGUUUUUGAUCUCAAACUUGAGUGAUUUCUGUCGUUGUUCAGUUAAGCGCUCUUUUGCCAGUGCCACAAACAGUGUUCCCUUUACUUCCUCACUUGCACAGAUUUUUCAUACUUCCUGCUUCAUUCUCGUUUUGGCUCACCCUGACUUCUUUUAAAACUGUAAAAGGAAGGAAGCAGAAUUUUCGAUAAAGUCAGUGUGAGAAUAUUGGCUUUUUUGCAUUCACCCAUGCUGUUCACCCUGAAAAUGUUGAGAGGUUUUUUUAGGAGAUUCUCACUCAUGUUAGUACAGCUAUUAACACACCUGUGAAAUAAAAUAUCGGCCAGGUUUUAUCAUAUGAUGAUAUUCACCCUGCACACAGUAGAAAUGAUGUAACCAUCCUGAAUCCGUCUCUUCAACACGUUUUCCUGCAGCAUGUGUUGCUUGGUCUGCGUUUCAAUGAGCUUUCCUGGGACCACAGCUACCCUGAGGAGGAGGGCGACUCGCACAUUCUGUGGCUUGAGUUUGACGGAGAGGAGGAUGGCACUCCUGUCAACAAGCUGCUGAAGAUCUACUCCAAACAGGUUCAGAAGAUCUUUUUAUUUAAAUUUCAUUUUUUUCACACCUGCUCUUACAUAAACAUCUGUACGGUUGAGUGUCACACUGAGCCCCACAAGUGCUGAAUUAGCUGUAAUGUGUCGACUGACUGUAUUUUUUCACACCUGCUGUGGUUGACUACACCGCCACCUCCACUGUUGUUAAAACAUUAUUAUAAGAAUGUGUUGCCACUAGAGAAGGGGACAGAUGUAGUUCUCUGAUGAGUUUCCCACUUCGAAUCUCUGUGACGAGGAGAAGGGGGUUCACUUCCAUCUCCAGAGAGCAGACAGCACUUGGCGUUUGUGAGAGAUUCAGGGUCAGGUGCAGCUGCCGGGGCUGUUUGCCCUUAGAGCAGCACAACACUUGAUACCAGAGUUGGAGCCAGAUAGGUUGGAAAAAUGUUGUUGCGUUCACAGUGUUCAUGUGAUCCUCCAUUAAUGAUCGGGAGAUGGAAAAGGAGGGUCUCAGCCAGCAGAUAGUGCAGAGAUGUUACAUAACAGUACUGGCUGUAACACAGAAUAACACAGGGCCUAAAUCCAAAGGCAACGUGACUGAUAUUUCACUAGUGGACCAUCAAAAAAUAAAAAAGGGACAUCUGUAUAAUGAAUUUACUUCUUACCAUCACACUUUCCUCGUUUGUGUGUUUGGUGUGAUAGGCCGAGCUGAUGAGCGGCUUCAUCGAGUUCUGUGUGGAGCUGAAGUCUGCGUCAGAAGGUGGAGCUGCAGCCGAGAUGGAUGGUGAGGUGAGUUCCCAGCAGCCCGCUGGGCAGGACGGCAGCAGCAAGAACGGACGUGGAGGACGGCGUGGGAUGCUGCGCAGACAGAGCAGUGUUCUGUGCAGUCGGGUUCAUUCACUGAACACAAUCAGCUACGUGGACAAUGGUGAGUGUGAAGUUAGAGGAUGGUUCACGGUUUAAAGUAUUACCAGAUGGACUUUGUACCAUGUUCUCACUUUAUGAAUACACUUAAGUGAGUUCAGUUAUACUUCCUAUACUUCAUAUACAGUAAGCUCAAUAGAUGCAAAUUCUCAUUCAUCCCACUAUCAGUCAAGCUACUUAAUAACCGGAAAUGAAGUGUGUAUGUGUGUGUGUGUGUGUGUGGGAGGGACGAGAGACAGUGAGCAUGUUGCUGUAUGUAAAGAGGAAUGUGCAAUAAUGCUGCGGGUCAGAUGGGCAUCAUGCUAUGACUAUUAUCAUUUUUUAUCUAUUGUAUACAUAUAGGUGAUUUCAUGACAUUUGUGGGGGGGAUGUUCGUGGAGCUUUGGAGAGGGGAUAUGAUGACGUGUUGUUUGUUUGUGGUCUUAUAUGAUGAUUGUUUGUGUAUGUGUGUUUGUGGCGCCUGGAGCCUCUGGUCUGUCCAAGAUGAAUUUCUCCCAAGGGAGUAUUAAAGACUAACUAAUAUACUACUACUAUCACAAUUGUAAUUGUUUUUUUUAAUGUUUCUUUUCCAGGUAAAGAAAUCAAACGCCUGAAGCCCAAAAGAGCUGCAUCCUUCUUCGCGCGACAACCGUCUGCAGCUGCAUACUCAGCUGUGCAGGUGACAGAGAGUCUGGAGCAGGGUUAAAUUCCCCUGAGCAGCACACGGCUCUCAAAGACCAAACCUGAACAAUAUACACUGAGUUCGAAAAGACUUUUCACAAGCUUGAGACAUUUAACUGAUAAUAUAUGAACAUGCAAAGGACCAAGUGAGGGAUCUUAGUGUGAGCUACAGUAUUUAUCCUCUGAAGGUGUAUAUAUAUUGAGUAAGUACAGUAAUGUGAAAAACAGAGUGAUCUACCAAGGUUGAACUGAAGUGGGCUAUUUAUUAGUUUGGCCUUACAUAAAGAACAUAUCACACUCUGUAUGCAGCAUACAGCAGACCUGCUAUAUAAAUAUCAGACAAGCCUUAGAGAGAUCUUUCAAGCGUUCUGCAGCCCUCUGCAGCUGUCUUUACUGCUAUUAUUCAAGUGUUGAGCCUCAUGGGUAUAACCACUGCAUUACCUCUUUUUGAUGGCUGAACAUUUGCAACUUUGCAGCACAUCCUUGUUUCCUCUAACAUGAAACAGUAACCGCAAACUCUUCACAGUCAGCAUGACAGACACUUUCAGGGAUGUCUGACGCUCGAUUUAGUCUGCUCUCUCAAACUGCCAGUGCCUUUUUCUCCUAAAGACAUCGCAGAAACAAACACGUAGAAAUGUUUCAUGGUUACUGUUACUGAUCGUCAAGACCAAAUGGAGGCAGAUUUUCUGUGUUGUGGAAGUCUCUUGUAAGUACGUGCUUUUUAAGAGUUUGAUGUGGUUUGUGUUUUCAGCUGGUUCCUAAAAGAGGACUGUGCAGGUGCAUAUCCCAUUUUCCUAUUACUAAGAGUGAAAUAGCAGCGAUAUAGUUUGACCAUGUAAGGAAUCUAUAUAGCAUUCUGAUAUCAAAGCUCCGAUUCAACUUUGAAGUUUCCUUAACAGGCAGCAUGAAAAGAUAUGCACCGUUAAAAUAAGACUUUAAAAAAGUUUAACAAUAAUCAUAUCAAUCAAUCUCAUGAAAAUCCAUAAUUGAAAUCAUAACUGCAUCCUAACAUGUUGUUUUCCUGCCACUUGUUAGUCUCCAGAGGGCAUGUGAUAUUCAAAGUUUUCUUUGAAUUCUGCAUGCACAGGUUCAGACUGGGUUUCCUUGCUUUGUGAGGCCUGAUCAGCAAAAUAAAAACCGAUACAAUAGGUACUUCUGACAUAAGACACCAACCUGUUUAAACACUAAUUAAAAACAUCUGAAUCAGACUUCAGCCUACAUAUCUUAGCAAUCACAAAUACCAGCUAAAAGAAAAUGAGGCACUGAUGUAGAAAUACUGUGCUUGCCUUUUACUGCUUUGUCUAUGAAGGAUCAUUAAAUACCACUAUUGAUCUAAAAGAAACACUUCUCAGACACAUUAUUCUCACUGCUUCGUGCAUAACGCAAUGAUCAUGAUAUAAAAAGGAUUUGAAUCUGCUGUUUAAAUCUGUGUCUACACCAAAGCAAGCCCAUGUAACAUGCUGCAAGCCAGUGUGCUACCUAAAUGAAUCAAAGACAGACUUCAGUUUCCAGGAGUCCUCAGGUUGUCCCUCUGAACUCCACCUUAAAGCUUAUUCAGGCAGUUUCUGUCCUUGUACAUCUGACAAACAGGACCACCUCCAUAAUAACCAUGACAGAAGGUGUGUAUCUUUCUAAAACUGCCUCCACUUGAACAUGACAUGCCCUGGAGAUAUGGAGGUGUCAUGUAUUCUUCCUGAUUCCUCUGAGCAUGCAAUCUGAAUGUUUUUACCUUUCUACACGUCAUAUUGUAAUGAAUCAGCUACUGUCUGUAACCUAACUGCAGCAGUCCAGUAUAUUUUUGCUAACUAACACUAUGCAUGUCACAUUGUAGAAUAGGCAUUCCACGAGAAAACACACCAUGUGAUGCUGCACUAUUAAUACACUGUUUAUAAGUUUUGAAAAAUUGCAGAUGUUUUUCUAUCGUUGGCUUAAUGAGAAUAUUUUUACUUCCAUUAUCAUUAUUCUUUGUUAACAAGACUGAAGUGAAGACAUGGGUCAUAUUAAGCAUUAUCUUCUCAGUUUUGCAGAAGCAUUAAGUGCCUUUUUGUUUGUACAGGGUAGGCGUCUGAGUGACUGCUGUUGCUUGGAAACAAGAGAUCAAAAUUUUUGUGUUAACGCUAUAUUAAAAAGAUGUUUCUUUUAUGAUAUACUUCCCAAGUUUUGCAUUUCACCUUUCUCAUCUGAUGUGAGUGUGUUGACAUUCUGGAUAACUACACUGGGCUGCUGUUGAACAGUGUGUUGUGGUUCCUCUCAGUAAAGUGGUCAGUCCUACCUGCAUUCACAUAUGAAUAAUGUUCUUUUUUAAAAUAAACUAAUGUAAAAUGA